AUGCAGAGCGCGCUCACGACGUCGUCCAAGGUGACGCUCACCUCCAAGCCUCGAUCAACGCGCGCGCGGGGCUCAUCGGCGGUCGUCCCGAGAGCGUCCGCGAGCGAUGACGCCACCAAGUGUACCGGGUCGUGCGAUUCGUGUGGACUGGCGAGGGAUAAGAUGCAGUGCGACGGAAGCGGAAGGAUCCAGGGCGGGAUGGGGGCGAUCCCUCUAUUCUCGUGGUGGCCCAUCAAGGCGUACCGACCGUGUCCGGGCCUGAUCGAGAACGGCGGCGUCUACACGAGAAAGGGGCAAGACGUCAAUAGCAUCUUGUGGGGCGAAUCUGGCAAGGAUUAA